AUGAAGCGCAAGCUGAACGAAGACGACAUCCCCGAGCCCGUCGCCGGCGACGAAGUUGUGACCACGCAGACUCCCUCCAAACCGUCGUUUGGAAGUUUCGGCCUCGAUGCUCGACUUUUGCAAGCUGUGACGCGCGAGAAGUUCUCUGCGCCUACGCCGGUGCAGUCGAAGACUAUCCCGCUGGCAUUGAAUGGACAGGACGUUCUGGCGCGUGCGAAAACUGGGUCGGGCAAGACUCUUGCCUACCUCCUUCCAGUGCUACACUCCAUUCUGCUGAGGAAAGAGUCGAAGAAAAGCGCAAAACAUACAUCGGCCCUGAUCCUUGUGCCGACGAAAGAGCUUGCCACACAAGUCACCGCGACUCUACAGGCCUUCACAUCGUUCUGCUCGCAAGCCAUUCGCAGCGAGAACAUCACGCGCGCCGAAGACGAUGCCGUGACGAAGUCUCGAUUGGCAGAGGUGCCUGACGUGGUUGUGGCGACGCCCAGCCGAGCACACCUCUGGGUGAACAAUCAGAUUCUGAAGUUGCAAGAGUUGAAACACCUGGUCAUCGACGAGGCAGAUCUAGUCCUGAGCUAUGGCUACGAAGAAGACCUGCAAAGCCUGGCCUCCAUCCUCCCCUCUGGUGUCCAAACGAUCAUGAUGUCCGCCACACUUCGCACCGAGACCUCCACCCUCACCUCUCUCUUCUGCAAAUCCGGCGAGCCCACCAUUCUCGACCUUUCCGCCGAAGAAGCCGCAGAGAAGCCCACGCUUUCCCAAUACAUCGUUCGCACCGCCGAGGAAGACAAGUUCCUCCUCAUCUACGCCAUCUUCAAAUUGCAGCUCAUCAAGGGCAAGGUCAUCGUCUUUGUUGCGGACGUCGAUCGCUGCUACCGCGUGAAAUUGUUCCUUGAACAGUUUGGUAUUAGAGCAUGUGUGUUGAAUGCAGAAUUGCCGGUCAAUAGCAGGUUACACACUGUGGAUCAGUUCAACAAGGGCUUGUACGAUCUCAUUAUUGCUGCGGAUGAGGCGGAGGUUGUCGGCGAGGAUACUCCGCGGCGGAAGAAGAGGAAGGCCAUACCGGAGGAGGAAGAAGCGGGAGAGGAUAAUGAUGCCAGGCAUGUGGAAGGCGGUGAAGAAAAGGACGAAGACCAGCCCGAAUCAACACCGGUCCGUGCUGCUCGCGGAAACAACAAGGAAUUCGGGGUCUCACGCGGAAUCGACUUCCGUCGUGUUUCCUGCGUGCUGAACUUCGACCUCCCAACCACUGCGAAAUCAUACACUCAUCGCGUGGGACGUACCGCUCGUGGCGGCCAAAUGGGUAUGGCGCUCUCCUUCUACGUGCCAAAGGAACUCUACCGCAAGCACAAGCCGACCACGAUCCUGCAAUGCGCCAACGACGAAGCGGUGCUAAGCAAAAUCAAAACGCGACAGGAAGAACGGGGGGCCAAAAUCGAAGAAUGGACGUUCGACAUGGCCAAACUUGAAGCUUUUCGCUACCGCUUCACUGACGCCCUGCGCUCCGUCACCCGCAUCGCUGUGCGCGAAGCCCGUACGCGCGAACUCAAGCACGAACUUAUCAAUUCGGAAAAGUUGAAGCGGCAUUUUGAGGAGAACCCCGAGGACUUGAGACAUCUGAGGCAUGAUCGCGAGUCGCACGCCGUCCGACAGCAGGCGCAUUUGAGGCAUGUACCCGACUAUCUGCUGCCGGAGGGAGGUAAACGGGCGAUGAAAAAGGAUGUGGGCUUCGUUGGGAUAAGAAAGGACGAAGUGCACGGCAAAGGGAAGAAAGGCGGCCGUAUGGGGAAGGGGAGAACGGCGAUGCGGAAAGGAAAAGGAAUGGAUCCCUUGAAAUCGCUCAACAUGAGAGGAAGAGGGAAGAAAUAA